AUGGAUGCCGUGCCAGUCUUCAAGGACCCUGGCUUGGACGCACCAGAUGACUUGGUGCUGCGCUUGGCUCACCUUGCCCUCUCCUGCACCGCCAUGCCUGUGGCCUCCCGCCCCUCCAUGAACCAAGUGCUGGGGGAGCUGGUGAAGUUGAAGCAGGAGGCGUUCGGAGCACAUGUGAGCGAGGCCAUAUCUCGCAUCGACAUGGAGAUUGGGAGUUCCAUCGGCUCCUCUGGCUUCACUGCUGAAAUGGCCCGUGCAGAGCGCGAUGGCAUGCAGAGUGAUUCCGCGGCGAGCAUGCCAUAG